AUGGGCGGUGUUUUUCAUCCUGUGGGUGUUUGGAAAGAUAGAAACGGAGGUGUCGGUGGUGGGGGCCGUGGUGGCAGCAGUGGCGGAUGGAAUAACAGAGGCGGCGGGUGGGAUCGUGGGAGGGAGAGAGAAGCUAACCCUUUUCAAGAAGAUGCCGAUGCAGAACCAGCAUUUGGGGAGCAGGAGAACACGGGGAUCAAUUUUGACGCAUACGAGGAUAUUCCGGUGGAGACGAGUGGGAGGGAUGUGCCCCCACCGGUCAAUACGUUUGCGGAUAUAGAUCUCGGAGAGGCUUUAAAUCUAAACAUUAGGAGGUGCAAGUAUGUGAAGCCAACUCCUGUGCAGAGGUAUGCCAUACCAAUCGCACUUGCCGGGCGGGACUUGAUGGCCUGUGCCCAGACUGGUUCUGGAAAGACGGCGGCGUUUUGUUUCCCGAUAAUUAGUGGGAUCAUGAAAAGCAGUCAAUCUGGACCGAGACCACCUCGCAUGCCGCGUAUGGCUUUUCCAUUUGCUCUCAUUCUUUCUCCCACUAGGGAACUUUCAAUGCAAAUCCAUGAAGAAGCCAAGAAAUUUGCUUAUCAAACUGGCGUCAAGGUGGUUGUUGCAUAUGGUGGUGCACCUAUCAAUCUACAGCUUCGAGAACUUGAAAGAGGUGUGGACAUACUUGUUGCAACUCCCGGACGGUUAGUUGAUUUGUUGGAAAGAGCAAGAGUCUCAUUGCAAAUGAUUAAGUAUUUAGCCCUAGAUGAGGCAGAUAGAAUGUUAGACAUGGGUUUUGAGCCUCAAAUAAGGAGAAUUGUGCAACAGAUGGACAUGCCUCCGGCUGGUGUACGACAGACAUUGUUGUUUAGCGCUACAUUUCCAAAGGAGAUUCAGAGGCUGGCUGCUGAUUUUCUAUCAAAUUACGUGUUUCUGGCUGUUGGAAGGGUUGGAUCUAGUACCGACUUGAUUGAACAAAGGGUUGAAUAUGUGCUUGAGACUGACAAAAGAAGUCACCUGAUGGAUCUUCUCCAUGCACAGAGAGCAAAUGGUCUUCAGGCUAAGCAAGCUCUUACGCUUGUUUUUGUCGAGACAAAGAAGGGAGCAGAUUCGCUUGAACACUGGCUCUGCAUUAAUGGGUUUCCUGCUACAUCCAUACAUGGUGACAGGACACAACAGGAGAGAGAAUAUGCUCUGAGAUCCUUCAAAAGUGGGAAAACACCAAUCCUGGUGGCGACUGAUGUUGCAGCUCGUGGGCUCGACAUCCCGCAUGUGGCCCAUGUUGUCAACUUUGACCUCCCCAACGAUAUCGAUGAUUACGUCCACCGGAUCGGUCGCACGGGCCGGGCUGGAAAAACAGGCCUAGCCACUGCCUUCUUCAACGACAACAAUUCCUCUUUGGCUAGGCCACUGGCCGACCUGAUGCAAGAGGCAAACCAGGAGGUCCCCGCCUGGCUUUCACGCUUUGCCGCCAGGUCAUCGUUCGGCGGAAAGGGCCGCCGUGGGGGAGGCUCUGGUGGAAGAUUUGGUGGAAGAGACUUCCGGAAGGAUAACAGAGGUGGAGUGGACUUCUAUGGCAAUAAUAAUAACGGUAACGUGAACAGCGGCGGUGGCCCGGGUGGGUACGGUGGAGGUUAUGCUUCUUCUACCUUGACAAGUGCAUGGGACUAA